AGAAAUUAUGAAAAUUUCGUCGUUGGAUCCCAGGAAAAUGGCAUGUCAUAUCGCGAGAUCCUGACCGACGAAGAGCCCAUUACAAACAAGCGUAAAUACUUGGCAGACGACCGGAGUGACUCGGGAAAGGAUUUGAAAAAAGCCAAGUUGGAAACUAAAGCACUGAAAGCGAAACGUCCCGGAUUUACCGACGAAAGAUACAACGAGACGUCGUACUAUAUUGAAAACGGUUUGAGAAAAGUUUACCCAUACUAUUUUACAUUCACUACGUUCACCAAGGGCAGAUGGGUAAAUCAAAAUAUAUUGGAUGUGUUCGCCAGGGAGUUCAGAGCGCAUCCCGCUGAAGAAUACGAACGUUGCAUUAAAUCUGGUUCGUUGACCGUAAAUUAUCAAAAAGUGGACACGCAAUACAAGUUGAAACACAACGAUCUGCUGGCUAACGUGGUACACAGACAUGAAGUACCAGUGACCAACGAUCCAAUCACGAUCGUGCACAUGGACGACGACAUCGUGGUAGUCAACAAACCCGCAAGCAUUCCGGUUCAUCCGUGCGGUCGUUAUCGGCACAACACUGUGGUGUUCGUGUUGGCCAAAGAGCACAACCUGAGAAACCUCAGGACCAUACACCGUCUGGACCGGUUGACCAGCGGUCUGCUCAUGUUCGGCCGGACACCACGGUACGCCCGCAUCAUGGAGGCACAAAUCCGCAACAGGCAGGUGAACAAACAGUACGUGUGCCGAGUCGAGGGGAGAUUUCCCGAGCAAACGAUCGAGUGCAAUCAUCCCAUCGAAGUGGUCAGCUAUAAGAUAGGCGUGUGCAAGGUAUCCAACAAGGGCAAAAACUGUUCAACGACAUUCCAAUUGGUGGGCUAUAACGAGAAGACUAACAUCAGCGUGGUAUUGUGCUUCCCGCACUCGGGACGCAUGCAUCAGAUCAGGGUACACCUUCAAUACUUAGGAUUUCCGGUGAAGAACGACCCACUGUACAACCACGUGGUGUUCGGGCCAGAAAAAGGCCGCGGCGGCGUUAUUGGCAAGUCGGACGAGCAGCUGAUUCACGAUUUGAUAAACAUCCACAACGCUGAAAACUGGUUGGGCAUGGACGGUGACUCAGAACUAAUGCCGAUAUUGAAAGAUGUAGACGUCGUCGACGAAGGGAAAAAAACACCACCGGGUUUCAAGAAGAACGAAUCGGCAGUGGAAUUGCAACAUCAGUUGCAGAUAAAGAGCAGACAAGCCAAUCAGUUACAGUUGCAGUACGAUAAUGCAAUGAACGUGUCCACGCAGACAGGACAAGACGUGCCGGACAUGGAUUUCGACGCCGAGAAGCUCACCCACGACCCUCAUUGCUACGAGUGCCGGGUGAAAUUCAGGGACCCAAAACCGAAAGACCUCAUCAUGUACUUGCAUGCUUGGAAGUACAGCGGGCCUGGAUGGAGUUACGAAACGGACCUUCCAGUGUGGGCCAACGUCGAAUGGAAGGAGCCGGAAUAAAAAUGAAAUCAUUUUCCGACCUAUUACAGCAACAGGGUGGGCCUAACGCGAGUCGAUUGAUCGAAAAAAACUGUUAUUGGAAGCUUCUAUAAUUAAGAUUAUUUUUUUUUUUUUUGGUCAAGUGACUAAUAAUAAUAAUAAAAAUAUUGAGGUGGCCCUCCUCUGUAUAAUAUUGUAUAAGUAUUAAUAAAUAAUAAUUUAAAAUAAGUAAUUACUUUUAUUCUUUAUCGUGGAUUUCGUAGUACUCGGAAGUAAAAAAUUUAAAAAUUAAAAAAACAAUGAGUGCUCGUGGUUAUUAUUUUCUUUCUUUUUUUAAUUGUGAUAAAUAAU